AUGAGGACUAGUGCUAGCAAAGCAAAGAAGCAGCAGAAUUUGCUGAGGCGUUUUAUUUCUAUACCCUUCCGGACUUUAGCCAAGGCUAGGAACUUCUACGUGAGGGGUUUGAAAGACUGCGCCGGUAAGGUGGCUGGCGGCAGCGGUGUAGGCAGUUACGGUGCUUCACAGGUUCACUUACCUCGGAGCUUUAGUGUCAACUCUUCGGGAUCAUACGACGAGGACGAUGCGAGGCAGAUCACCAGAAAUGCAUCGGCGAAGAAGAACAACGUGGGAAAAGAGAACAAGAACGAUAAUAUCAUUAGGGCGGCAGCUGGUUCAGAAGUGAAUAGAAGUAGCAGUGUUAGAUCAGUUGUUGGUGUUAGACAAGGCGCGAAUAGUACGAACAAUGGGAGAGGGGUGAGAAGCUACAGCGUUGGGUUGAAAAUGGGGAGGAUUGAUGAGGAAAGGGCUUCUACGUUUGAGGAAGAUGAAGUCGACGUCAAGGAAGAUAUGUUUACAAGAAGCAGAGGCUAUGCUGUUAAUAAGAGAUAUGUUGGGUUUGUAUAG